CGGCGGCGGCGGCGGCGGCGGCAGCCGGGAGAGGCCCCUCCUUCACGCCCUCCUUCUUUCCCUCGCUCGCAGCGGAGCGGAGCCGGCGAACGCGGCUGAGCCCCCAACCCACCCCGGGCCAUGGCGGGCAACGUGAAAAAGAGCUCCGGGGCCGGGGGCGGCGGCGGCUCCGGGGGCUCGGGCUCGGGCGGCCUGAUCGGGCUCAUGAAGGACGCCUUCCAGCCGCACCACCACCACCACCACCUCAGCCCCCACCCGCCCGGCACCGUGGACAAGAAGAUGGUGGAGAAGUGCUGGAAGCUCAUGGACAAGGUGGUGCGAUUGUGUCAGAACCCAAAGCUGGCGCUAAAGAAUAGCCCACCUUAUAUCUUAGACCUGCUGCCAGAUACCUACCAGCAUCUCCGCACUAUCUUGUCAAGAUAUGAGGGGAAGAUGGAGACACUUGGAGAAAAUGAGUAUUUUAGGGUGUUCAUGGAGAAUUUGAUGAAGAAAACUAAGCAGACCAUAAGCCUCUUCAAGGAGGGGAAAGAAAGAAUGUAUGAGGAGAAUUCUCAGCCUAGGCGCAACCUAACCAAACUGUCCCUGAUCUUCAGCCACAUGCUGGCAGAACUAAAAGGAAUCUUUCCAAGUGGACUCUUUCAAGGAGACACAUUUCGGAUUACUAAAGCAGAUGCCGCAGAAUUUUGGAGGAAAGCUUUUGGGGAAAAGACAAUAGUCCCUUGGAAGAGUUUCCGACAGGCCCUUCAUGAAGUGCAUCCCAUCAGUUCUGGGCUCGAGGCCAUGGCUCUGAAAUCCACUAUUGAUCUGACCUGCAAUGAUUAUAUUUCAGUUUUUGAAUUUGACAUUUUCACACGACUCUUUCAGCCCUGGUCCUCUUUGCUCAGGAACUGGAACAGUCUUGCCGUAACUCAUCCUGGUUACAUGGCUUUCCUGACCUAUGACGAAGUGAAAGCUCGGCUCCAGAAGUUCAUUCACAAACCAGGCAGUUACAUUUUCCGGCUGAGCUGCACUCGUCUGGGUCAGUGGGCUAUUGGGUAUGUCACUGCUGAUGGGAACAUUCUCCAGACGAUCCCUCACAAUAAACCUCUCUUCCAAGCCCUGAUUGACGGCUUCAGGGAAGGCUUCUAUCUGUUUCCAGAUGGACGGAAUCAGAAUCCCGACCUGACAGGCUUAUGUGAACCAACUCCCCAAGACCACAUCAAAGUGACCCAGGAACAAUAUGAAUUAUACUGUGAGAUGGGCUCCACCUUCCAACUGUGUAAAAUAUGCGCUGAAAACGACAAGGAUGUGAAAAUUGAGCCCUGUGGACACCUCAUGUGCACGUCCUGUCUCACAUCCUGGCAGGAAUCAGAAGGCCAGGGCUGUCCUUUCUGCCGAUGUGAAAUUAAAGGUACUGAGCCCAUUGUGGUAGAUCCGUUUGACCCUCGAGGAAGUGGCAGCCUCCUGAGGCAAGGGGCCGAGGGAGCUCCCUCCCCAAAUUAUGAGGACGAUGACGAUGAACGAGCUGAUGAUUCUCUUUUUAUGAUGAAAGAACUGGCUGGUGCCAAGGUGGAACGGCCUCCUUCUCCGUUUUCCAUGGCCCCACAAGCUUCCCUUCCCCCAGUGCCGCCACGACUUGACCUUCUGCAACAGCGGGUAUCUCUUCCUUCAAGUGCUUCUGGUCUUGGAACUGCUUCUAAGGUAGCUUCUGGCUCCCUUCAUAAGGACAAACCAUUACCAAUACCUCCCACACUUCGAGAUCUUCCACCACCACCCCCUCCAGACCGGCCAUAUUCUGUUGGAGCAGAAACCCGGCCACAGAGACGUCCCUUGCCUUGUACACCGGGCGACUGUCCAUCCAGGGACAAACUGCCCCCUGUUCCCUCUAGCCGCCUUGGGGAAUCAUGGCUGCCUCGGCCAAUCCCCAAAGUACCUGUGGUUGCCCCAAACUCUAGUGACCCCUGGACAGGUAGAGAAUUAACCAAUAGGCACUCACUUCCAUUUUCAUUGCCCUCACAAAUGGAACCCAGAACAGAUGUGUCCAGGCUUGGAAGCACAUUCAGUGUGGAUACCUCCGUGAAUGUGAAUAACAGCUCAUUAGCAGGUGCAGAGUGUGAGCACCCCAAGAUCAAACCUUCUGCAUCUGCCAAUGCCAUUUAUUCUCUGGCUGCCAGGCCUCUUCCUGUGCCAAAGCUGCCCCCUGGGGAGCAGUGUGAAAGUGAGGAGGACACAGAGUAUAUGACCCCCUCCUCCAGACCUCUAGGGCUGCCGAAGCCAGAUGGGAAAUGGCCUUUGGAGGCAACCCAGAGUCCACGAGUGUGUGAUUGUGACCAGCCGAUCGAUAGCUGUACAUACGAAGCGAUGUACAAUAUUCAGUCCCAGGCGACACCAUCUGCCACGGAGAGCAUCCCCUUCGGUGAAGGGACUCUGGCCACGGGCCAGGCAGGCGCCGGCCCCGAGGGAUCAGAAAAUGAGGAGGAUGGCUAUGACGUCCCUAAGCCGCCGGUGCCGGCCGUGCUGGCUCGCCGGACCCUCUCCGACAUCUCUAACGCCAGCUCCUCGUUCGGCUGGUUGUCUCUGGAAGGCGAUGCCACCACACACUUCACUGAGGGUUCCCAAGUUCCUGAAAGGCCUCCUAAACCGUUCCCUCGGCGAAUCAACUCAGAACGGAAAGCAGGCGGCUGUCAGCAGGGCGGCGCUGCCGCGGCCACCUCGCCACAGCUCUCCAGUGAGAUCGAGAGCCUCCUGAGCCAGGGGUACUCUUACCAGGACAUCCAGAAAGCCCUGGUCAUUGCCCACAACAACGUCGAAAUGGCCAAGAACAUCCUCCGGGAGUUUGUUUCUAUCUCAUCUCCCGCCCACCUCGCCACCUAGCACAGCCCGCCCCGCUGCGGCGUCAGAGGACCAGUGAGCCGGCGCUCCUCCCCGGGGGGCCCCUCAGAGGGCAGAGGCUCCUUUGGAGACUUCACAGUGAAGUCUUGCCCUUUCUGUGGGAUUCCACGUCUGUGGUUCCAAGAUUUCAAGGCAGUGGAAUGAACGUGGAGCAGCAGUGUGUUUUAUUAUCUGUUUUGAGAGUGGAUUUGAAGGUGUCCUUCAGUCCCCACUGCGAGUGUGGAUUUUUAUUAAAUGGUUAGCCUACCGGGGGAACAGUCCAGAAAGCGGUGGGAGAAGUACUGUGCUGUAAAUCCUCCUGGGGGACUUCAGAAUUCCCUGGGUUAAGGAUGUGGUUGUGUGUGUGUCUGUCUGUCUGUGGUGGCGUGUGCCCUGUGAUUAUAAGAUGAACCUGCUGUGUGUGUUAAUCCUGGGCAGGGAAUUAGCACAAGAGGUGUAGGAAGGAAUCGUCUAAAGACUUCCAUCUGCUGUGCUGUGAGACCCAACCCCGGCGUGUCGUGCAACUCCAGCACUCCCUGCGGCUUGGAUUACCAUCACAUAGCUCGAGUCUUGUGUUUUUAGAACCCCCUCCCUCUGUCCUUUCCCCUGCCUCCUGCCUCCUUGCCUCCUCCUCGGUGUCUGUCAUUGGCACUGGGCUUGCUCUGACCAGCCUCACGGAAGCCAGGUGGCUUAGAGGAUGUUCUUGACUACGUGUGAUGGUGUUGGUUGGUAGGUCGGUGGGGCAAGAAACAGUACUGUUGCUGUAUCAUUACAGUCAUGUGAGGUCCUCGCAGGUGUAACACUGGUCACUCGGAAGCACUGUCUCUCUAGGAACAUUGAAUCUGCUACAGUAAGAUGUAUUAACUACCCUAAUUAAACAAUGACUGAUUUGAGCUAGAGGCCUUCAGAUACAUUCCAUGCCCUCCCCAGAAGACCGUCUGCGGGAGUCCGUUGCCUUCCUGCCAGGUGUGUAUUCUCAUGUAGGUCAUGGGUGUUUCCACUUACUGGGAAGGGAAGAACGCUUGUUUCCAGCCUGGCUUUCUGGCCCAGAUACCACAAAACUUUGAGGAAGCUUCAUUCGUAUGCUGUUUACCUUGUUAGGCAGAAGAUGUACAAAAUAGGAUUUAUCUGUUUGGUUUUUCUUCCCAGUGAAUUAAUUCCAGCUUGUGUGGGCGUCUCCCUCGGAACAUGAGCCAGGUUAUACUUUCCGAAGACACUUUAGUCCUUGCCCUCGAAGGGGAGGGGAUAGCACCCAUGGUAGCACAGCAUUUUGCUGGUAAUGAGCGCCAGGCCUCCCCUGGGUGCCGCCGCCGACAUGGUUUUCUCUUGGGCCCGUGGCCCUGGGAAUGGAGCGUCUCCUCCCUUCCCCUCUUCACGCUAGUCCUCUCUGCUCUUCACGGACUGCGUUCUCCACGGUAAUCACACAUCCUGAAGUGUGAUACACGACUUCGCAGGGGUCAGGGACAGGAGGUGAAAAGCCCAGCAGCUGGCAUGGGUGCAGGUUUGUGUGGAAAAUUCGGAGUCCAGCGUGGGGCAGCCGUGAGUCGGUUCCCGUAGGUACUGCGGAAUGAGCCCCAGUCAGUCAGUGUUCUGGCCAGUCUGUGCCCACCUCCCUGGCAGGCCGUACCCUCCCGCGGCGUGUCAGAAGCAAGCCACUCUUUGAUACAUCUACCCUCCUCAAAAUCCAAAUCAUGCUUUUGGCUUUAGAUCCAGACAGAAAUGAAUCUCUUGAGGUCCGUUUUCUUAACCAUCUUUUCGUCUGUGGAACUAAAACGUUUUCUGACUCUUACUCUUGGCUUUCAGCUGUUCCUAGACCUUUUGGCUUUAAGCUCUUGCCUCAGAGCCAUUUACAUUCCCAGGGUAGAUGGUACUGGACCUCUUGUUGAUUGGCCAUGGCUCCCCAGUGUCUGCUCAACGUGGUGGAGAGCAGCACGGCCCGCCGUCAGGUCCGGGCACUGCUGGGAGCUGGGCUAGUGGUGGCGAUUGGGAAGCAGUGACCUAGGAUCUCCUUCUGCGAGCCAGUAAGGAGAGUGUUUCAUUUGUGGUUAACACUUAGUUUACAUUUUGUUUAGAUGCUGAAGAGCCAGACAAAGAACUGGGAAAAAUGGCAGCAUUUUCCGUGCCUGUCCACACUGGAAGUUUUCCUUGUCUGCAGACAUGGUCCGUAGUCUGAAGACGGGUCAAGAGAACAGAGCCCUGGUUCUGCAUAUCUCUUGCCUGUUUGGUGUAUCCCAGAUCUUCCUUGGAGACUCUGUCUUUACUCAUAUAGGCCAAAGGCAGGUUCAUCCCUUUUUUCCCAGUUGAGUGCCCCCGUGGCUCCUGGGAUCAGCCCUGAGACCCUGCUGUGUCAGAUCCCAGGGUCGGACAUAAUGCAUUGGUGACCGGCUUGCUGGUUGGCGUGUCUGCUGUGGGGUCUGUGGGCUGCCCAGGCGUUAGACCAUUCUGGGAGGUUUGCUUCCCUUGGGUGCUCUGAGGACAAACCUCGGCCAUGCCUGAGGCCGCCAGCGUUGCCUCAGGACAGUUUCCACGUGGGCAUUUGUCUUGAGGGGACUUCCAGAACUUUAUAAUUUCUUAGAUUUUCCUUGGACUGAGGAACAAAUAACCCUUCUUCAUCUUCCAGUUGUGUGGCAGUUUCUAAUUCCUGGGCUGUGCUCGGAAUGUAAAAUUUUCCUUUCAGAAGUGGGCUCUGAGUUUUGUCAGUUUGGCCAGAUCCCUCUCCUUUCUCCCUUCGAAUUACAAGUGGUUCCUUCUCUGGUCCCUUCCCAGGUGGUGGAUAAGGUAAAAAAGCCACUUUGAGGUUUUGUCAGGUGCAUUAGGCUCUUCUCUUCAGUGCGGUCUCCUGCUUUCCCUCUGUCUUUCCGGCUCGUUCCGCACAGCCUGCCUCGUCGUCUGCUGCCCCUGCCGGCCUCCUUCCGCUCAAGUACAGGGUUCUUGAGUGGAAAAACCUGUGGGCUCUAUGAUAUACCUCCCUUGAAGAAAUGAAGAGAUUGGGCAGUUUCUCGUCUCAGCGUUUCCCUGUUAACGUUGUUGUAAAUAGUGAUCUGUACCUGUGGAUGGCCAUCCUCCUCCCCCGGCCCUCUGUCCCCCCACAGCCCCCCUGUACAACACACUCUGCCCUUCUGUUCUCUUACCCACACCGCCCCAGGGCCCAGCAUCAGUUAGCUCUUCUGUGGAUGAACAUUUUUGGUGGGGAGUUGCUAUUCUUCAUACUUAAAGUAUUUUAUUUUCUCUGUAGAAAAGUAAAAUAUAACCCAUGGUCCACACAGCCAACGUACAAAUGAGUUUUUGUACAUUUGCUAGCAGAGUAGGGACCAAGCUCUAUAUUCCCUUUAAGGCACCAUUAAUAAGAUCGACACCUGUUUGGGGUGGUUGGCACAGGUGUUGAUGCAGAAUAUUCUCCUACCUCAUGUCAUGACAGUCAGGGUUAUAGACCUUCUUCCUAAACUGCACCUUCCCCUUCCUGCCAUUGGCCUUUCUGACUCUGGUGGCCACUGCCCAGGGAGGAAUGGCGUUCAGACCAUUGGCCUGGCUGCGUUCCAGUUAGCUUGUUCGUUUCGGCAAAUGUCUGUGAGUGAUUCCCAUGUGCCGGUAGUGCCAGUGCCGUGCCCUUCACUGCCACCACGUGCAGAUUUCCCGAAGCCAGCGGGUUGUACUUGGGCCCUCUUGCCCUUGUAUUUGGCCCUGAAAUAGCCCUUCCCAAGGAGACUGUGCAGUGUGUAUUUACAGCUCUUUCACGCAG